UCAGGUUUCAGGCACUCGUUAACAUAGCUGGACCACGUGGGUUGGGAGGCAGGAAUUGCAGAUGAGAGCUGCUUAAACAAUUGAAAGGGGAUUUUUUUUUUCUUUAAGUUAAAUACGUGUAAAGGUAAUGGAAACCAGGUAUUACAGAUGAUUCGUGACAUAAAUGAGGUAUUUGUUGUUCUGGAGCACUGAUCUGUAAUUCCCAGGUGUGUCUCCUUCACUUCCAGUUUCCCUCGGAUUGGUCUCCAUCUGUUUGGUAUGGCCUGCUCUGUGUCUAGCAACACAAAGGCUUUGUUGAUGUUCAGGACGAUCACACAGCUGUUGUUCAGCUUUAGACUUGAUGGAAAUGCUGCCCUUGCAGAACAGAUGGAAAAUGUGCACAUUUCAGGAAUGUCGACUUCUUGUAGAGAUAUUCCAGAACAGAUUAAUGCACCAAGCGGGAUAAUAACAAGUCCAGGCUGGCCUUUAGAAUACCCCUCCCGGAGCAACUGUAGCUGGUACAUCAGAGCUAACCCUGGGGAAAUAAUUACUAUUAGUUUUCAGGACUUCGAUGUGGAAGGUUCCCAUACUCUUCAGUGCACCUCAGACUGGUUAACAAUAGGAGGACACAGAAAUACAGAUGACAAUAGGGCCUGUGGCUCUACUAUUCCAGCACCUUAUAUUUCUUCUCUAGACCAUGUCUGGAUCAGGUUUCAUUCAGAUGAUAGUGUUGCUGGGAAGGGUUUCCGUCUUGCAUAUAUCACAGGGAAAGCAGAAGAACCGAGAUGUGACUGGGACCAGUUUCACUGUGCCAAUGGAAAAUGUAUCCCAGCAUCCUGGAGUUGCAAUGGUAUGGAUGAAUGUGGUGACGACUCAGAUGAGGAGCUCUGCCAGAAAUCUAACUUGCCAACUGCUUUUCCUUAUCAGACAUGUCCAUAUGACCAAUUCCAGUGUCUUUCUCGAAUAACCAAAGUCUACACAUGUCUCCCCAAAGCCCUUAAAUGCGAUGGAAACAUUGACUGCCUUGACCUGGGUGAUGAAAUAGACUGUGAAGUACCUACAUGUGGACAGUGGCUGAAAUAUUUUUAUGGUACCUUUAACUCUCCUAAUUAUCCAGAUUUUUAUCCACCAGGCAGCAACUGUACCUGGUUUAUAGAUACUGGCGAUCACCGUAAAGUGAUUUUACGAUUUACUGACUUUAAACUCGAUGGUACAGGUUAUGGAGACUAUGUUGAGGUGUAUGAUGGGCUUGAAGAAAAUCCCCAUAAGAUUUUGCGUGUUUUGACAGCUAUUGAUUCACGUUCCCCAAUUACAAUUGUAUCAUCCUCUGGGCAGCUGAGGAUACACUUUUUUGCUGACAAAGUAAAUGCUGCCAGGGGAUUUAAUGCUACGUACCAAGUUGAUGGGUUUUGUUUACCUUGGGAGAUUCCAUGCGGGGGUAAUUGGGGUUGCUAUACUGAGCAGCAACGUUGUGAUGGCUACUGGCACUGUCCAAAUGGACGGGACGAGACUAACUGCAGUGUGUGCCAGAAAGAUGAAUUCCCCUGCUCAAGAAACGGAGUCUGUUAUCCCCAUUCAGACCGCUGUAACUAUCAGAAUCACUGCCCAAAUGGUUCUGAUGAGAAGAACUGCUUUUUCUGUCAGCCAGGCAACUUCCAUUGUAGAAAUAACCGCUGUGUGUUUGAAAGUUGGGUUUGUGAUUCCCAAGAUGACUGUGGAGAUGGAAGUGAUGAAGAGAACUGUCCAGUGGUUGUUCCUACCAGAGUCAUAACCGCAGCAGUUAUUGGAAGUCUCAUUUGUGGAUUACUUCUCGUCAUUGCACUGGGCUGUACCUGCAAACUGUACUCCCUAAGAAUGUUUGAAAGGAGAUCAUUUGAAACUCAGUUGUCCCGAGUCGAAGCUGAACUCCUGAGAAGAGAAGCACCUCCUUCAUAUGGGCAGUUGAUUGCCCAGGGCUUAAUACCUCCAGUUGAAGAUUUCCCUGUGUGCUCUGCAAAUCAAGCCUCAGUGCUAGAAAACUUGCGACUUGCAGUUCGAUCUCAGCUUGGAUUUACCUCGAUUAGACUCCCUACAAGUGGUAGAUCUAGUAACAUCUGGAGUCGGAUUUUCAAUUUUUCAAGGUCACGGCGGUCUGGAUCUCUUGCCUUAGUGUCAGCUGAUGGAGAGGAAGCAGUUGUUGAUUCUGGGGCAUCCAGAGAGAGGGAUAGAAAUGGUACUCACAGAAGUCUUUUUUCUCUGGAAUCAGAGGACACAGAUACCGAAAAUGAAAGAAGGGAUAUACCUGGAGCAGUUGGUGGUGUUGCAGCACCAUUACCUCAGAAGGUUCCUCCAUCUUCCUCAGUAGAGGUGACUGUGGGAGCAUCAGGAAGUACGUCUGUUCAACAAACUGGCAGUGUGAAUUCUGAAAGUGGAAGAGACGUGGGAAGCAUAGGUGCUCCUACUACAAGUCCUGCAAGACACCAACUGACUAGUGCAUUGAGUCGCAUGACUCAGAGCUUUCGUUGGGUACGGUUUUCUCUACGAAGAUCGAGUUCAGCAAAUCAGAACCAGAGUCCAUUGCGGCAGCUAGAUAAUGCAGUUAGUGAAAGAGAGGAAGAUGAUGAUGUUGAAAUGUUAAUUCCUGUUUCUGAUGCACCAUCAGACUCGGACAUGAAUGACUGUUCAAGACCUCUACUUGAACUUCCCUCAGACCAUGGCCAGGGAUCAAGAUCACCUCACAUUUCAGCACUUCAGGGAACAAGGCCCGGUAGUAGAGAUGGCCCUUGUGAGCACUGUGGUAUUGUACACACUGCCCAGAUACCUGAUAUCUGCCUAGAAGCAACCCAAAAAAAUGAAACAAGUGAUGACGAGGCCCUGUUACUCUGCUAAAUGCAGUGUUUUGUUUCCUUGGGGAAGAUUAAAGUUGAGGCAGUUUCAUGUUGGUUUUACAACUAAUUAUCCCAUGCAAAAAAUUAAAACUAAAUCAUAACAUUUCAAGUCUUAAGUGGAAACACUCUCCAUUGCUAAGCUUUCAGCAACUUGAAAUGGAAGUAUAGCUCACAAAAGCCGCAAAACAUUUGCAUUUUAUGUUAGAGUUGUGAAGUUAUACAGAUCAAAGAGACAUCAAUAACUUUGCACUUUUAUUCAAUUUCUAAAAAGGUCAUGGUCAUGUAAAGUACUGAUACAGAUUUUUCACUCUUUCUGUUCCAGUUCCCGUGCUGUAAGAAUACAUGAUGCUUUACCACAUUAUUAUUUUCCUUUUUUUAUGGCAUUAUUCUAUUUAUACUUUCACAUGGCUUUUUUAAAAAAAAAACAUCGGUUAUUAUAAAUUACACUGUAUUGAAGUAUCACUUGAACAUUUUCUCCCCCCCCACCAAAAAUAUGCAUGAAAUCUAGGACAUAACUAAAAAGUGUGAAUGCAAAUCCAGAAAGGAGCAUUUCUGCCCAAGCGAACAUUAUUGCUGAGAGGCAUAGGUCACUGUUAAUUUCCACCAGGGAGCUGAAAGAUGCUGCUAUUUUUUACCCUGGAACUUUUAUUUGAAACAGUGAUUUUGUGCCUAUCUGGAAAUUGGCCAUUCAGUUACAUACCUCACAGUUUUUCUCAUUAAAGAGAAAGAAAGCAUGUUAAAAAUAGUGCGUUUAUGCUGUUUUUGCAGAAUUCUAAUUUUAGUGAAAGCUAUAAAAAGACCACCAAGCACUUGAAGAGGUCCAGCUUUUAUUUAUUUUUUAUGCUAAAAAGCACCAGGCAUUAAGCUUACUAGGAUUCCUGUAAUUUGCACUAAUAUAUAAUGAUGUUCCUAGUAAGCUUGGCACUUGAGUGCUGUAUGGUUUGGUACUUUUAUCCAAUCAUAAUUUCAUUGCUUUUAUUUCACUUUUCCUGUGACUACUUGAUCUUGCUUUGCAGUUUCCUUUUAGACAAUAAAAUGUUUGUUUCAGAUCAUUUUCAUAUUCACUUGCAACCUCUGUACAGUUCUUGGACUGGUUUAUACAUUUUAUGUAAACUAGCCAGGUAAGACAAACUGCAAAACAUUUACUGUAUAAAUGUCAUGCCAGAUCAUUUGACUAAAAUAUUACUUAUAUAAUAUGCUACCACAGAAAACAUCUAUUUGGCUCACUAAAACUGCAGUAUAUGAUUGUCACAUACUGCCCAGGCUUUAUUUAUUUUUUGAUGGUCUGUUUCUGUAAAUUUAAUGUUUUGGUACGGAAAAUGUGUUUGUGUGUAACUAUGCUAUUUAUUAAAAUUUAAGUAUGUUGCUGAAUGUCAUUUUUUAAAGCAUGUUGAAGGUCUUGUGCAUUUCUGUUGUGUUACGCCUUUGAGCAAACUGACUAAAGUGUUUUAUUACAUAAGAAAUAAUAAAUGAUGCAUUUUAUUGUUACA